UGUAGGAUAAGACAAACAUCAUUUCACAAGAUCCUAAAUUCAGUGCCAUGACAGAAACUGAAGGAUUUCUCUGGAGGAGCUAUGGAGCUACCAGCUCCUGUGCCACCGGAAGUGCUGAGCUGCACACCUUCUCAGGUCUUCGCAGGCUCUGAAGACUUGGAGCAUGAUUUCACAAACGUCAGCAGUACGCCAGGAGGACAUGGAAGAGGAGCUGCGUGCUUAUGGAGCAGUUCUCCUGCAGCGUGCCACGCUUUUGCUGCGCCUUCCACAAAGCACAUGUGUGACAGCAGCUGCGAUCUUCCAGCGAUUCUUUUUUCGCAAGUCUCUUGCAGAGUUUGAUGUGCGAGUCACAGCAGCUGCCUCUUUGCUAUUGGCAUGCAAAUUGCAGGACUCAGAAAGGAGGCUAAAACACAUCAUCCCUGUCUUCUACCGAUUGCACCUGCGAUCCUUGGAAGGGGAUGGAGAGGCAGUCUAUUGCAAAAGGCCAGUGCCAAACCUUGACCUGCGUGGCCGUGACGCCUUGGAGAUGAAGCAGGCCAUCAUGGCAGUGGAGAAGCAAAUCCUUUCGGAGCUUGGCUUUGGGGCUUCACUUCUGCGAGAAACACCACACAGGUACAUGCUUCAGUUUGUGCGGGCCAUGAUGAGCUCUGCUUGGCCUAGCUUAAUGGACUUAGUCCAAACUGCUUGGAAUUUCCUCAACGACUCCACUCGGUCAACGCUUUGCUGCCAAUACCAGGCACACGAGAUUGCCGCAGCCAGCAUCUUUCUGGCAGCUGACAGAUUGGGGAUUCAGCUGCCAAGCCGUCCGCCGUGGUGGAAUGCGUGCUACACACGAUACGAGGACAUGAUGCAAAUCGCAAAGACGAUGAACGACCUCUACAGGCGCCCGAUGCCGCGCUGGCAUCCGAUUAGGCGCAAGGAAGCAGAUGUUCCUGGCUGCUUGCGCUCGCCAGAAACAGAGGAGCCAUCACCAGAUCAGCUCCCUGCCCGAGAGACCAGUCGGAGCCGCAGCCCUAAGCCAGCACCGAAAAAGGUGGUGCGCCUCACUUUGGGUGGCCGGAGCCGGCGUUGAGCA